CGCGUGGCGCAGAGGACCGUAAGGGGGAAGUGAGGAGGUCGCCGCCGCCGUUUGUCGCCAGGAGGAAAAUGGCGGAUCUGGAGGAGCGGUUGUCUGAUGAGGAGAAGGAGUGUAAGAAGCACCUGGCAGACUUGGGGACUUUUGGUCUGGGCAGCCUGAUCACUGAACUCACCGCAAAUGAAGAACUGACUGGGACUGACGGUGCCCUGGUAAAUGAUGAAGGCUGGAUCAGGAGUACAGAAGAUGCUGUGAACUCUUCAGACAUCAAUGAGGUAGCGGAAGACGAAAGCCAAAGGUGUCAGCAGACAAUGGGGAGCUUGCAGCCCCUUUGCAACUCAGGUUCACACAGCUCCUUGGAACACCACAAGGGCCUUCAUUGCUGCCAUGAAGGGCAAGUGUCUCCUGGAGGUGACUGGGAUGGCAGAUCCCACAGGGUGUGGUGAAGGGUUCUCGUAUGUGAAGAUUCCAAACAAACCAACAUGGCAGAAGGGUUUGUCAUCAACUGAAGUCUUAUCAACUGACACAGAUAGCAGCUCAGCUGAAGACAGUGACUUUGUAGAAAUGGGAAAGAACAUCGAGAACAUGUUGCAGAAUAAGAAAACCAGUUCUCAGCUAUCACGUGAACGGGAGGAGCAGGAGCGGAAGGAACUACAGAGGAUGUUAUUGGGUGAGGGUAGUGGCUUCACAGACAGAUGAGAAAGAUUAAAAAGUAUAAAUAACUGCAAACUAAUCACUGAGGCAAUGCUGGAGGCAGCAGAUGUAGGGAUGAGUGUAGAAAGAUGACCUGUAGAUGAGGUAAGAAAGAUGACUGCAAACUGGACUCUAGGUUGUGGGGCAUAGAUGGAAGAGAUGCUGUCAGUCCACUGCUGUCUCUGCAUCAGGCCUGGCCAAGCCAGGGCUCUCAGUGCUGUCCAUCAAGUGAGCUUUCUGGGCAUUCUUUGUAGAGGGUAAGAGUUUUUAAUACAGAAUUUGAAUGAAUUUGGGGGUUGGUUCUUGAACCCUCUGCAAUCAGUAUGUCAAAUUCUGUGUAAAUGUGCCUUUUCUGAGAGCAUCCAUGGCUUUCAGACGAUUUUAGAACAGUCUGAGCCCCUAAGAAGAGCUAAAAAACCACAAGCCCAAAAUUGCAGAAGUUGAGGGUGAAGGGUGAUAGUGGCCUGAAGUGGUGUGGGAUAUGUAUGGACUUGGGAAAUGAAAAGAGGAAGAAAAAAAACAAGCUCACUUUAAGAUUUCUCUCUGGGCUUGCUAGGAAGAUGGUGGUACCAUUGAUUAAAGUAGCAAAUUUCAAAGAAAGAAGCAGGUUUAACAUGGGGAGGUGUGGAGUUUGAGGUCCCCAUGCCACUACCUAGUGUAGAUGGCAAGCAGGCAACUGAAAACUUGGCUGUAGAUACAGAGAGAGAAUAAAGGCUGAAGAUGAAGGUUUACUUAACUGUUCUCACUCAUAGUAGUCUUUUCCUUUGUUUCCUCCUCUAUGUAAAAGCUUUGUAUAAUUUUGUUGUUUUGACUACAUUAUAAAGAUGUAAUAAAGCCUCUUCACCUGUGUGGUCCUGGAUCAGCUGUAUCUACAUCACAUGGGAGCUUGUUAGAAAUGCAGAAAUCUCAGGGCUCACCACAAACCUACUGAUUAGAUUCUGUGUUUUAACAAGAUCCUCAGGUGAUUCCUACUCAUUCAUAAUUAAAGUUUGAGAAGCAUACUCUGGACUUGUUUCUGUGGUGCAUGGGUACUUUUUUUUUUAUUAAGGUCUCCUUGAUAUACAAUCUUAUGCUCAGGUUUCACAUGAGCAACAUUGUGGCUACUACAUUCCCCCCAUUAAGUCCCCACCACAUGUCCCAUUACAGUCACUGUGCAUCAGCAUAGUAAGAUGCUAUAGAGUAAUUACUUGCCAUCUUUGUGCUAUAUACUUCCUUCCCCGUGCCCCCCACUACAUUCAGUGCACUAAUCAUAAUGCCCCUUAAUCCCCUUG